AUGUUCAUGAAUUUGUUCAUGAGGCUGUUCGAGAGGACGUUGUUCAUGCACCUUGUUGUGAAUAUGGUAUUGCACUCGUUCGUGAUAAAGCAGUUCGUAAACCUCUUCGAGAGGAUUCUGGAACCUGUCGCACGGGAUUGGCUGGAUGACGCCCUGUGGCUGCGCAUUGGCGACGGGCUGUCGCGAUUGAUCCCAGUAGUGACGACUGCGCCGCCCACAGGGUGUGGUGACUGCGACGGGCGCUUGGAGGUCCUCGCGUUCCGAUGCGAGUUGGAGUGCUGGAUUUGUGACCGCGGUGCCGGGCGCGCGGCGCCUGGCGUCAGCCGUGUGGCCACGGGCCCGCCUGGGCAAGUGCGCACCAGGACCAGCGUGGAUGUGGACGGCCCCGCGAGCCCGAAGCAGGGCCAACGCGCGGAGGCGCAGGGCGAGGACGCGGCGUGCGGCAGUCCAGCUGGCGCCGCCACAGGCGAGGCGCUCAUGCUCAGCCCUGGCUUCGACGAGGACGCGCCCGAGGAGCUGAGGCCGAGCGAGACUGUGCCGAACCUGUUCUUCAGCCGCAAGAAGGUGAUGGACUUCAUCGAAGGGCUGCUCGAGAGGAAGCAAAAGUACAGCCCGCACAGCUUGGAGCCCUUCGCGAAGUUCAUGUCCACGCACCUGCCGGACGGCGAGCCCAACGAGCACGGCGUCUUCACAGCAAACAUAUCCGGCUGCCUCCGGCCAUUCCGCCACCGCGCCGGCGCAGCGUUCCCGCCCGACUUUCUUGCCUACAGCCUGCUGCUCAAGAACAAGAUAUCGUACAGCGUCAUCGGGGAAGCGAACGGGCACGCCUGUCGACCGCUCGCGGAGCUCCCGGGCAGCUCCCAGGCAGGUGUUCCCUUUCUGUUGCUUCCCGUCAUCCGUGACAACAAGGGGAUGUGCAAAGAAUUGUUGCACAUAUUCACGACGGAGUUCGAGACUGAGGAUGCGAGCGAAAUGAUCCCGAAGCAGAGGUUCUUCUACGACCUGCAGGAGGUGCUUCCGAACAAGACAAAGGAGAUGUGGCAAGACUUGAGUACCGUCUUUCCCGCAGGAGGCCAAGAGACGAUCGUGAACUACAGGUGGCUGCUUCAGGACGACAUUUACGUGCACUCGCCGAUCGUCUACACCCUUCGCCUGCAGCACCUGGAGGAGUGCAUCAGCCUCAGCGAGAAGCUUGAGAGGCUGACGCUUGAGGUUGCAAAGGGGUCUCCGAAGACCGUCACGUUCGCAGCCAUCGAGGACGUCUUCUCAAACGAGCCCGAUUUGGAGGCCAUCCAGGCGCACGUCCUGGAGGGGGAUACGGAGCACGAGUGGGGCAAGUUCAUCGAGGCCAUGCGCGUGGCGAGACGGCUUUGCGCAGAGGCCCCGGGCGGCAUCGCGCAUCCGUGGGACCGCGCCCAGGCCCUGAAGCAGGGCGAGAUCUUUCACAAGCUGUAUUUCCCCGAGCUGCUGCCCGAGGAGGACGAGGAGACGUAGGCCGCACUCAAGCGGCGCGCAGAUUGGGGAGCGUGGGUGGGCGGCCGACUGGCGCGCAGCGCCGCGCCCUCUGCCUGCCUCGCGGGGGCGUCCCAAGGGGAAUCUCAUGGCUGGGGCCACGGUGUCCCCCCAGGAUGUCGUGGCCCCGCCUCCUCGCUUCAGCACGCCCCCCUGGCUUUCCGCUUUCCCC